AUGUCCUUAGUUUCAGGCCCAGGCAAGGGUGGUGCUCCAAGCUCCACAGGCGGGGAACUUGGUGUGCAGAAACAUGUGGACUACAUCAAACGCCUUGACACACGCAAAGAUGAGUUGGAGUACUGGCUCACAGAACAUCUUCGCCUUAAUGGAGUUUACUGGGGCUUGACCGCGCUCCACUUACUUGGCCAUCCCGAGGCAUUGCCCCGCGACGAGACCAUCGCCUUCGUUCUCAGCUGCCAGCAUGACAACGGCGGUUUUGGUGCUGCCCCAGGCCAUGACGCUCACAUGCUAUACACUGUCAGUGCUGUCCAGAUCCUCGUGACAAUUGGUGCAGUCGACGAAUUGGAGAAGCAGGGCCGAGGCGGGAAGGAAAUAGUGGGGUCAUUCAUUGCGAAUCUUCAGGAUCGCGCUACGGGGACAUUCAAAGGCGACGAAUGGGGGGAGACCGACACUCGUUUCCUCUACGGCGCGCUUAAUGCCUUGUCCUUAUUGGGUCUCCUUCACCUUGUCGAUGUUCCCAAAGCCGUAGCCUAUGUGCAGUCUUGUGCAAAUUUUGAUGGCGGAUUCGGGGUUCGUCCGGGGGCGGAAUCCCACGCGGGCCAGAUAUUUACUUGCGUCGGAGCAUUGGCCAUUGCUGGCCGUCUUGAUUUGGUCGACGCGGACCGAUUGGGUGGUUGGCUGAGCGAGCGGCAGCUCGAUAAUGGCGGGCUCAAUGGUCGUCCGGAGAAGCUAGAGGAUGUCUGCUACAGCUGGUGGGUUGCAAGCAGUCUAGCUAUGAUUGGCAGACUCCAUUGGAUUGAUGGGCCCAAGCUGGCUGCCUUUAUUCUACGUUGCCAGGAUCCGGAUGAAGGUGGCAUAGCGGAUCGACCGGGGGAUAUGGUUGAUGUGUUCCAUACUGUUUUUGGGAUCGCUGGUUUGAGCUUAUUGAAAUAUCCUGGCCUCAAGGAGGUCGACCCGAUCUACAGAGUGUUAGGGAAAUAG